GGGGUGUUUUUUUUAAACGGCAGGUAGCGAGCUACCUCUCCUGUCCAGCCCACAGAGGCUCGGAUGAGGAAGUAGCCACACUGAUACGUGCGCUGAGAAGGACAGCGACCAAAAAGAAGCUUCCCCCCUCCUAACCCCCACCCCUCCCCUCCCCGGAGUGCCAGCAGCCAUGAAGCUUCGACUGCACUUUGUGGUGGACCCCAUGGGCUGGCUGUGCAUCAGCAUGGUGUUUGGGAUCUGGCUCUACAACACUUUCUUCAUCCCUAAACUGGUUCUACAUCCACACUACAACGAGGGACACAUCCCCUGGGCUAUCGUCGUUUGUUAUUACAUCGCAUCGACCCUCUGCUUCGCGGCCCUAUUCAGAGCUUCCACAGCAGAUCCCGGCCGUCUUCCCGUGGACCCCCACAUACCUCACGCUGAGCGAGAGCACUGGGAGUUGUGCAAUAAGUGCAACCUAAUGAGACCCAAAAGGUCCCACCACUGCAGCCGUUGUGGCCAUUGUGUGCGCAGGAUGGACCAUCACUGUCCUUGGAUCAAUAACUGUGUGGGAGAAGACAACCACUGGCUCUUCCUGCAGCUCUGUUUCUACACUCAGGUCCUCAGUUUGUUCACCCUGGCGCUGGACUUCUGCCAGUACUAUUACUUUCAGCCGCUUUCAGGACAAGACCAGGGGAAGUUUACGACACGCCAUGAACUGGCUCUGCUGCGAGUGUCGGCGCUCACGGGUCUGGUCAUGUUUGCUGGCAUGACCAGCCUGUUUUACACUCAGUUGACCGGCAUCCUCUCUGAUACUACCACCAUCGAGAAAAUGGCUCAGUUCUCAAAUGAAAUAUAUGGCUCAAAGAAAUCUUGGCAGUGGGCGCUAGCUGAAGUUUGCGGCACUCGCUGGAAACUCCUGUGGCUCAUCCCGCUCCGAAGCAGAGAGCCGAUCCAAGCCAGCCACCACUUCCGCACCCACGUGUAGGCCGGCAGCACUCCAGCGGCUCCUGUCCUGCAGCGAUUGAAUUGGGGUGGGGUGGGUGGGGGGACUCCGCUCGCCUUCUCCGACCUCUUUUGGGCAGUUUUGGUCUCCGGAAACUCUUAAGAAUGUUUUAGAUUUUAUUUUUUGCCUUUUUUUUUUUUUUACUCCACAAGGCCUAGACUGACUGGCAGGAAACCGGGUCGAGAAACACCGAUGUGGGUGAUGAGGGAAAAUGUUGCUUUUUUUUUUUAUUUUAAUUUUUUUUACUCACUGCGACUGCUACUUUAAGCAUUUGGAAACUACUUUUAAUGGCUAAUUGCAUCAGAAGGAUGGAAGUCUUUACCCCGAAAGCAGCUGGCGAAAGGGACCCCUCUCAGGUUACUUUGACAAAGAGCCUUUACUACUGACCUUUAAUCAGCUACGGGCCGAACCAGUGUGUCUAUUAGGAAGGCAGUUUUUUUGUAUACGGUUUGUGCCUUGUUUCUUUUACCGUAACUAUGUCAGUUUUAUUUGUCAUGCAUGCGCAGUGUAUAUUCGUGUGUUUUUUUUGGUUUUUUUAAAGAUUUAAGCAUUCCUGUUCGGUUCGAUGAUUCAUGAAUGUUUUUCUCGUAUUGUUCGACGACCGUUUUUUCCUAUGUGAUGUUUUUAUUAAGCAUGGCCACAGAACAAAGUUCAUAUAACUCGAAUACUGAUAUGGGACACUUUUACGACACAUAGCCAGCCGGCUAUGAAGACAUGUAACAGCGAGCAGACCGUAACUCUUCGCCACUAAUAAUCAAGCUGUUUCUCUAAGGGAAAUCCUUAUUGAGGGGGGGUUUGAGUGUCACAUACUAUGAAAGGUAUAUUAAUACAGCUUAAAUGACUCUGUUCACCUUGAAAAUAACAGUUUUUUGGGGGAUUCAUACCCUGAUUAGCUUUCUCGCUACUCUCCUUCCAGUUAAUCAUUCAACUCUCGGCAAGACAAGCAAAUACCCGUAACUCCUCUCACACGGGUCCGUCUGGCUCGGUCCACCACAGCAUUUACGGAUGCACUGUCAUCACUCCCCUCACUUCUGAACACGUUAAUUGUGCAAUAUAAUUUGUGAUUUUAGUGCUGCGGCUGUCGUAGUUCGGUCUUAAAUGUGUCAGAACCAGUGGUUUUAUAAAUGCAUAUCUUAAGCGGUGAUACAAAGACUAGCGCAUUAGCGUGGUGACACACCACAGAUGCUUUUAUGAUGGUUUUGCUGUAACACUACGGUACUGUUUAGAGACUUUAUUGAAUUCUUCAAUGGGAUACUUACGUAGAAGAGGAUUCAGUGCAUAAUAAUACUGGCAGAGCAUGGUUGUCAUCGUCUUUAAUACUUGGCAAUCGCAUAGAUGCGCCUGUACGUAAACACAGCUUGCCAUAUGUGGGAAAUAUAACAAUAUCCAAGUAGUUUUAAGUGCCUUUCUAGGUCUUCUUUUUACCCUCACGGUACGUCAUCAUCGCCAUGUCGGGUCUACAUGAAAAGCCCAAAGACCGGGGGGGAAUGGGGCAAUAGUCAACAGGCGUUCGGUAAAUGCAUGUUUCACCCAAUUUGUGACGGUAGCAGUUUUAAAAUAUGAUGCACUGAUUGUCCCACGAGCACACGAUGGCACUCCUGAAGGAAAGCCUCCACUUACAGUUGUUGUGUUUUGUGUUUGACUCAAAUCUGAAAUCUUCGCAUUUCCAUGAGUGUGUGUUGAUGACUUUGGCUCAGUGUUUUUUUUAAUUUUUUUUAUUAUAACAGAUUCAGGUUCUUGGAUGUUUGUGUGCUUUGUUUGUUUUGUUUGUUUGGGAUUAUGGCUGGGCAACGUGUGUGUGUGUGUGUGUGUGUGACUGGCAUACUGACAGUUUCCAUUCAGUUUCUUUUUAAAGCAAUAAGCAUUGUGUAUAUGUAAAGCCAUCUGUAUUGUCACAACAGCAGUAAUGUAAGUAUGUGAACACCGGGUAGAAGAGCUUCCCCUCAUCGCUCACUCCCCGGGGAUCAGCAGAUUGAAACACGCGUCGAUGCUUCAGUCACCUCAGCCCAGAUUAACACUACUGUCGCUGCUGAGUAGAGUUGUACAUGAGAUCCUCCUAAUCCACCUGAUGUUAGAACUAGAGAAACACACAGGUUUGAUUCGGCUUGAUUGGAAUCGAGAGCUGCAGGAGACCUUCAGAGGGGCUGUGCACGGCUCACCGUCUUCCCCUCUCAGCUGUUGACGGGCGUCCCUCAGGGCUCUCUGCCUGGAUCUGUGGACUUUUCUUUUUCUUCUUUUUGUUCAGACCUCAAACACUGGAACGGUUACGUUUCGUGAAUUAAAUGAAUACGCCAUGCAUAUUGUUAUCCUUUUUUCUUUUUUUUUUUUUUUUAUGUGAAGAAAGCAUAUGAAAUGAAAUGCGAGAAAACUGUAUUCAUUGUGAUUAUAUAAAAUAUCAUAUCGGUAUUCAUAUUCUAAUAAAUUACAUUCUGGAUAAGUUU